AGAAAGACUUCUAAUUAGGUGCAUUGUGUUUAGAUGUUAUUGAAAUUUACUUUUUUGGCUUUCAAAUACGAUAUCAUUUUUGUCUCAAGAAAAUUUUAAAUUAUGUCUAACAUAGUGAAUCCUAGUACUUACAUCAAAAGUGUCCUACAUAACGGCAUUGGAAGAUACGUUUGUCAGUUGCAACGUAUAACUUUCAAAUUUUCGAAAUCUCAUGGAAAUAGCAGAGGUGUACGGGAAUACAUUGAAAAAGACUUAAACGGCUUUGUGAAAGCUAAUCCUGGUGUUGUUGUGUAUCUUCAACCUCGGCGCCUUGGCCCACCCAGUAUUACAGCUGAAUAUCUGAAUGGCCAUACUCAGUAUCGCUCAUUUCCUUCAAACCCUAGAGAUGAAAUUGUAAAGUGGGUUGAAUUUGCAUUAACUCAGUCUGGCUUUCCAAUUUCUCGAUUUAUCAAAAAUCAGCAUACAGAUACUCCUUCUAUCCAGGGCGUAUGGACUCCAUUUACUAAUAAACCAACGUGGUUAAACAUAACCGAGUUCCCGAACGAGGAAUUAUCCAAAACAUCCUCAUUUUGGCCAUCUGCAACAGAACAGUUGCUGGAAAUUGCUAAUGCCUGUGCCAUUGAAAAUAAAGGAAAGGAAAGUAAUUAAAAUUAGCACUUAGAUUAGUCAGAAAUCUACAAUAACUUUACAUUUUAGAUGAAAUUUCAAAAAUAAAAGUACUUGAAGACUAGUGUAAAUUCUAUCAUUGUGAUGUAUAUUAAUGAUAGAAUGGCAAUUAAAUGCUUCUAAUUAAAUAUUUGGUUCACCGUGUA